AUGUCUGACUUUGAGGAAGAUUUGCAAAACGAAGAUUACCUUAUUUACGGUGCCGAGACUGCAGAGACCGGAAAUGCCGCGUCUUACCCUGCCAGCAUCCCCGAGCCGUUGAUCAGCUUCUUUAAGUACUGGUACAAAUCUUACUUGGACAACAACGUCUACGAGUUGUAUGGAUGUUAUGAAAACAGCUUCAACAAAAUCACCGAGAAAUUCUUUAAGAAUUCGAGCUGGCCAUUACCUUCCGAUAUCUCGUCGUUGGUUAACAAUGACCAGGUUUUCAUUAUCUUGUACAGCGAAUGCUACUACAGGCACAUAUACUCCAAGCUGAACCCAACCCUCGAGAUCAGAACUGGCUCCUACAACAACUACUGCAACUUGUUCAAUUUGAUUCUGAACCACGCAGAAGGUCCUGUCACCUUUGAGCUGCCAAAUAAGUGGCUAUGGGAUAUAGUGGACGAGUUUAUCUACCAGUUCAACAACUUCCAGAUUUACAAGUCCAAGCUGCUGAAUAAGGCAAACCCAUCCAACGCCGAGUUGCAGGAGAUCGAAUAUUUGCGUCAACACCAAGAGGUUUGGUCUACUUACAGUGUUCUGAACGCGCUGUAUUCUCUUGUUGGUAGAUCCAACAUCGUAGAACAGUUGAAAUACAACAAUGUUGGUGGAGAGCAAGCUCCCAAGGAGAUUGCCGGUGACUAUGGUUCGUUGUCGCUGUACAGAAAUUUGGGAUACUUUUCCAUCAUUGGGCUUUUGAGAAUCCACACCUUGUUGGGAGACUACACUCUCGCACUCAAGACCAUGGAACACAUAGAGUUGAACAAAAAGGCUUUUUUCACCAAGGUUCCCGGCUGCCACUUUACCACAUACUACUACGUGGGUUUCUGUUACCUGAUGAUGGGUAGAUACCAAGAUGCCGUGAAAACUUUCCAACACAUUUUGCUGUUCAUUUUGAGAACCAAGAACUUGAACAGAAACUCAGGUGCAUACGAUAUAAUCACGAAGAGAUCCGAACAGAUGUUUGCUCUCUUGACGAUUAGUGUGUCGAUAUGCCCAACCAAGCUGGACGAUAUGUUGCAUCAGCAACUCAGAGAAAAGUUUGGCGAGCAAUCGUUGAAGCUGAGCAGAGCUGACAGCAGAGACGCUGCCUUGGCUGUUUACGAGGAGAUCUUCAGAUUCGGUGCUCCUAAGUUCAUCUCUACAACCAUUAUCUCCAGAUCCAAGCUUGGUAACAAGAAGCUUAGCCUGGAUCCGCUCAACAAGCACUGGAAGAUUUUCAGGUUGAGACUGGAGUCUAUUCUGAGUAUCCCAGAUCUGAAAUCGUUCCUCAAUUUGUACUCGUCUUUGGAGUUGACUAAGCUGGCCAAGCUUAUGGAUGUGAAAUCGGACGACGAAUUGCUCGAGCUGCUGCUGUCGUUCAAGUUACACAACAGGCAGCUUAAGGUGGCCACCAACUCAAAGGCCAUCUCAAGUGGUGAGGAAGAAAUUGAAACAGCGACGAGUCAGAAAUCACUGUUAAACGGUGCUUACGGGACUCUUUACGACAUGGAUAUAGCCGUGGAUAACGACCACGUGAACAUCCUCAACUUCAAGUACUCUACCAAGUUUGGUGACUGGUUUAUCAAGAACUGUUACAAGAACUUUGGAGUCCAGGAUUUCAUCGCCAACUUGGAUGAGAAAGCCGUCACCUCUGCCACCGCCUCUAAAAGCUCCUAA